UGAAGAGACAGGUGGGACACGAGCACAGACACAUUGUGCACGCGGCAGGACGCCCCCCAGAGUGUAUGAUGCGCUGAGGCUGAACUCUGUUUCUAACUCCCGCACGCGCUCCGGCCAGACCAGCCCGCUCCUGCUGCGGGACACAGAGAGCGAGUGUGAACGAGUCAGUGAGUGAGUGAGCGUGGAGCCCAUGAAGGUGGAGGGGGACGCGGGCAAAGGCGCGCGCGCGCCCGGGGACUGCUGCAUCACGCGCCUGCUGAGCGCCGUGGAGAGCGAGCUGCGCGCGGGGCGCGAGAAAGGAGACCCCACCGAGAAGCAGCUGCGCGUGAGCCUGGAGGACGCAGAGCUGUGGCGCAAGUUCAAAGAAGUCACUAACGAAAUGAUCGUCACAAAAAACGGAAGACGGAUGUUUCCGGUUCUGAAGGUCAGCGUGUCCGGCCUGGACCCUAACGCCAUGUACUCCUUUCUGCUGGACUUCAGCCCGGCCGACGGUCACCGCUGGAAAUAUGUGAACGGGGAGUGGGUGCCAGCGGGUAAACCCGAGCCGCACACACACAGCUGCGUCUACAUUCACCCUGACUCCCCAAACUUCGGAGCCCACUGGAUGAAGGCCCCUGUGUCCUUCAGCAAGGUCAAACUGACCAACAAGCUCAACGGGGGAGGACAGAUCAUGCUCAACUCUCUCCAUAAGUAUAAGCCGCAGAUCCACAUAGUGCGUGUGGGGGGCAGCCACAGGAUGGUCACCAACAUCUCCUUUACAGAUACCCAGUUCAUCGCUGUCACGGCCUACCAGAACGAAGAGAUUACUGCUCUGAAGAUAAAAUAUAACCCCUUUGCGAAGGCUUUUCUGGAUGCUAAAGAAAGGAGCCAUCCCAAGAACUUUCUAGAACAUCCUCCAGACAACCAACAUGUUGGCAUACCACACUGUGGAUGGUUUAUUUCCAAUCCGGAUUCCCUUUGUUCCUCUGGAAGCAGCAACUUCCCCUACCCAGGGGGUUUACCGCUUGCUCCCCACCAUGGAUAUAAACACUACUCUAGUCUGCACGGACAUCGAGCCACUCCCUACCCACCACCUUACCUGCACCACCACCACCGCAGCCACAGUUCAGUUUCUCUGUCCGAGGGUUUAAGUCCAGGUGCUCUGCAGGUGUUCUCUGGUCCUGAGAGCUGGACAGGUGUUUCUCCUCCUGGUCCUGCUGCAAUGCUAUCAGUGCCAUCUGGUCCAAACUCACCUGGAGUCAGCAGUCAGUACCCUUGCUUGUGGACGGUGAGCAGCUGCAGUGUGUCCUCCAGCCCGCCAGGGGGGCCUGUGAGCUCCGCCCAGUGUCAGGAAGAGCCGCCAGAUGCCAGCUCAGCCUCCGCAUCACCAUGCACAAUCCUGCAAAGCCACGGCCCCACAAACGCGAAUGGUGUGGUGGAGCAAUCCAGUCACAAUAGGGUGGGUGGGGUUACCUGGUCAGCCGUCUCUGCCCAUUCCUUUUAAAUACACACAACAAAAAAUAAAAUAUUAAAAAGGCCCUGUAGUGUUACACCUAUUACAAAAUCCUGAAGUAAAAACUACAUUCUGCCAAAAAAGAACUGCUUUUGAUUCCAUAAAGAACCAUGAACAGAGAUGUGUGAAAAGAGUGAAGGACUUUUAUAUCAAGCGAAAGUUCUUUAGACCUUUAUUGUAGUUAUUUACCAAAAGUAAUAUUUUUGACUGAAAUUUGACUGAACAUUUGGCCGAAGGAGCAAUACCAAAUAAUAUUUUUUGCCAUUUUUUUCACUAUUGAAUAAAUUACAAUGCCUAAAUAUACAUUUUGUCUUGCUUUUCAAACUAAAAAUAAUUACAGAACUACAAAUCUAAAAAUAUUUAUUGAAAAGCAGACAAACCAACAAAGCACACCUCAGCAGUGUCAUUCAGUCAUUUUAAUCUUACAUUUAUUUCAGCAGUGCUAUUCCAGUCCCACUUUUAGUUAGCUAGCUACCUUAGCGGUGCUAUUCUAAUAAUAAAUGUCUCUCAGCAGUGGAAUUUUUGUCAUAAAUUUAGCUCAGUAGUGCAGUCCUAAUCAUGAGUAUACUUUGAGCAUGCUUAUUCUGCCAUGUCCACUUUUAAAAGUUAGCUUCUUCUGCAUUUGUGUUAGAAUAUCCAGUCAUUUGCAUUAGAUGGUUCACAUUAGAUGAGUGUAUGUACUGCUGUGGACACUGAUCAUAAAGUAGCUAGAUAUGGAAACCCAACAGUUCAGUAGGUCAUUAAACGUUGCUACUAUACAUACUAUAUCGUUGCUGUCCAAUAAAUGUUUUAUUGAUUUUUAGUUUACUACAUUAUUUGAACACACUCCCUUACAUUAUGUUAGAAUUUCUUGAUGAAUGGGCUAAUAGAAAUUCUCUAAAAUUACUUAAAAUAAACUCUUUUAACAAUGACCUCUAUUUUGAAAGUUAAGAAGGUUUUAUCUCUUCUGUAAAAUUGUUGUUUGGGAGAUACUUGUUUUUUAUUGGACAGCAACAAUAUAUACUAAAACACUAUAUCUUAUAAGUUAGCUAGGUUAACUAGUUAGGUAACUAGUUAGCGAACAUAUCCACUGCCUUUCAAAGAAGAGCAACUCCAUCUGUGUGUGGAGCAGCUAAAUAAAAUAAAAUCCAUGCAAAUAUUUUAAUAUUCUGUGGAAGAGAAACUCUUAUAAUGCUCCGGUGAAGAGGACGUGCUGGUGUUGUGAGGCUGUCAGAGACGCUCUUAAGACCUAAUCUAAAGGACAGGUGUGUACUUCUGCACUGUAGCUUUAGAACCAGCCCUUUUUUCUUAGUUAGGAGGUUUUCUCUCCACUAAAUGGUUAAAGCAGACACAUAAUAUUUAGCUUUUCCUCUGUGGGUGGUUGAUGGAAGGCAAAAGGUCUGUGUUGUGUUUAAAACACUAAUGUUUAGGUCACACUUCUCCUCAUCUUCUAAUUACGGUGCCACCCUGUGACUACCUGAAUAUAUUAUAUUACCGUAUUUUUUGCUCUAUAAGGCACACUUAAAAUCCUUUAAUUUUUCUAAAAACAAUCAGUGCGCUUUAUAAUCCAGUGCGCAUUAUGUAUGAAUUUUAUCAAUAAGGUUGGAAGGAGGAGUAAAACCUCUCCGCUAAAGUACAGUGUUAUAAAGGAAUUUAAGCGAAGUUUCUCCAGCACCAAGGCUGAAGCAGUAUUAGCAAUAGCCGCUAACCGCAGCACUAGCACUUUCGUCCUUCAGGGGUGAGUAUUAUCGGACUGUAGUCUGUGUUAAAACAACUGGGCUCCCCAGUGUAGCUCUGUCGGGCAGCAUUUUCUAGCAAUAAGUGCUGCUAACCGUGGCUAGCGCUGCUGCUAAGGGAAACAUGGUGGCACCCUUUUUCCUUACUAUUGUCGCUUAAAAUGCGGUGUAUAAUCUGGUGUUCCUUGUGUAUUAAAAUAGACCAGAAACUAGAUGUUUAGAUGCCUUAUAAUGCGGUGCGCCUUAUAGUCUGUAAAUUAUGUACUUAUUCUCUACAUUAAUUAUUAUCACUUUGGUUAAAAUCAGUAUAAAUGGUCCGCUGCUGCACCAGAAAUUCCAACCCAAAGUAAACAAAUAUGGCCCCCUCCUUGUCCUUGCACAAAAUAAGAUGGAUUCUAAUUACACAUUUAGCUAGCUAGGUGCAAUUUUAGUGUUAGAUAUCCUUCAGUUUACCUAUUGUACCUAGCUACCUAACUUACACCGUUACAAUUACACUAGCUACCUAAGUUACACAGUGAAUGGCAGUCAGUCUUUUGGUAAACAACAUGCUAAAGCUAAGUUAGCUUUAAGUUAGCUACUAUCCUAGCCUUGUAGCUACUGCUUAUAUCUUUCUACCCGAGAACAGGCAUUUUAUAAAGAGAUAGCUAACUUGCAAACUGAUAAAAAGCAUGAUAAGUGAUCAUUAUUGAAUUCAUGCCAGAGCAGGAGUGUAUGCACAAUGCUGCUUAAAACAAACCAAACAUUAGAGUAAAUGCUGCAAUCUGACUUAAAAUAAAACAUUUAUUGUUUGGUAUAAAUUAUUUGUCCUUUUCACUUAAAUAUCGGUGGCCAAAUAUUUAUUUUAAUGGGUUCUUUACGCUUAAAGGAGAACUCAGGUGUAAAAAUUAUUUUUUUUGUAGUAAAACAUAAUAAAGAGUACUGACCUUUGUUGAAUUGCUCACCUCCAUUCUCCUGCAACUUUUCAAGAUCCAGUAAUUUUUUACAGUUUGUCCAAACAUGCUUUAGAAUGGAUGAUAUGGGGCAUAUUUUGCCCCUGCAGAUAAAUCACUUUUUACACCAUUAUCCGGACUCAAAGUAGCUCCACACUGGUAGAAUCCGGACAUUUUAAACGAGGCAUUAAUAAAUUUAAAAGUGCACAAGAAGUGUAUUAAAAACCACUGUUUACAACCCAUAGCGUAAUCUCCAGGUGCUGCCAUCUUUAGGUGCUAAAGUGAGAGCACAAUAACAAUCAAUAUGUCUGUAUUGAAGACAUUAAUUUAAAUUAUCAUGAAAUAGAAUUUAUUAAGUUCAAUUUGUUUAUCAGUUUUUUUUAUUGACAAGCAUGGUUCUUUAUGGAACCCCAAGUGGUUCUUCUAUAUAAUCCCUCAAAUGAUUGAUUUAAGAAUCUUUUUUUCUUGUGUAAAAGCCCUACCACUGUGAAUCUUUGCCUAUCUAUUCAGUUUACACCAAUAUUUCUUGUCCCAUGAGGAUCAAUCCUAAACAUCUUUUAGCAUGGGCCGAGAAUGUAAUCUGUUUUAAUUAAUUGUCUUGUAAAUAUGAAAUUAUGAGAUGGUUUGCAACAUGGCUUUUGCCCAGUGCAGUGCUACCCUCCCCAUUAUACCUUCUCUACUCUUUUUGUCACAUUCUGGACAUUCUAAAAUUUUUGUCAUGUUUUACUAAAUGUAACGUGAGGGGGAGUUUCCUUCCUUUCUAAAGAAAAUGUGAUGUCAGUGCAUGGUGUGUCUUUGCCUUAUUGUUGUAAAGAAUUGUUUCAUAGUAUCAUAGCAUAUAUGGGUCAUUAUGAAAAUCCUGUGCCCUUAGGCCCUCAAUAUUUUUUAUCAUAAUUUAGCUGAAUCACUCUUUUAUUUUCACUUGCAGGCAUGUGUCCACCCUGUUAUGGUAAGCUACAGGGGACAUGGACAUAACAGGGUGGACAGCUUUAGCAAUAAAUGGUAUUGAUUGACCCAGAGUAAACAUUUUGAAUUGUUUAUGAUGAGCAUCUUCUGUUUCAAAGAUACAUUUUGAAUUUUUAAAAAUAUUUUAAUUACCUUGAUAUUUUAUCACAACAUGGCGGACAGCUUAAGCUUUACUUUAGCUAAGUAUGGAGGCAACAUACUAAGUAUUAUCUGAAGUGAUGAACAUGCAGCAAGUGUCUCCAGUUACUUGAAAAUAAAACACUGAUAUCAAAGGUUACUUUAAACUUUUAGGAAAAAACGUUUUUAAAAAUCUAUAUCGAAUGUAAAAAGUAUUAUUCAGUUUACCCAGACAGCACUGCAGACAUGCAAGUAAAAAUUGACGUUUGAAUCCUGUUCAUGUAGCUUGCUAUCGGCUACCAGAGCCCUGAGAGAGCACAGUUGACCUUGCUCUUUCUGGGUGGGUGAAUGGUGCUCUCUCCCCACAUCACUCCAAAGGGUGAUGUCCGCAGCACAAGGCGUCUGUGAGCUGAUGUUACAUUACAUUACAUUUGGCAGACGCUUUUGUCCAAAGCGACUUACAAUAUUGAAGUGCAAAUAAUAGAAGAGGUUAAGUACAAAAAUAAUAGGAAUUAAAAAAAAAAAAAAAAACAUCUUUAGAUAGGGCCUUAAGGAGGUCAGAGGGAAAUAAUGGGAUAGAGGAGUAGAGAAGAGGAAGAAGGAGAUGAGGUUAGAAUUAGUUAGUUUGUUAGAGGUGUUAGGAGAGUAAGUGUCUUCAAGAGUUUCUUAAAGAUAGCAAGAGAUUCUCCUGAUCUGGUAGUGGAAGGUAGUUUGUUCCACCAUUGUGGAACUCUGUAUGAGAACAGUCUGGAUUGCUUUGUGUGAGUGACAUGUGCCCGUUUUGGCUGGUUGAAGACCAAACGUGCUGCUGCAUUCUGAAUCAUCUGUAGUGGUUUUACUACACAGGCCGGGAGGCCAGUUAGUACGGCAUUGCAGUAGUCGAGGCGUGAGAUUACCACAGCUUGUACCAGGAGUUGGGUGGCCUGUUACGUUAGAAACGGUCGAAUUUUUCCGAUGUUGUAAAGCGCAAAGCGGCAGGAUCGAGCAACUGAGGCCACAUGGUGCGUAUCAGAACGUAUCAGAACAUGAGUCGCUGCGCUUUCCUCCAAGCACGCUGUGAUGCUACUUGGCAAUACUAUAUUAGCAGCAGUUUGAAAAAAGGGGUUGCCGACUUCAUAAGUAUCGGAUGAGGCAUGUGUUAGACUUCACCCUCCUGGUGUUAGGGCAUCACUAGUGAUAGGGGGAGUCCUAAUGAGUGGGUUGGGUAAUUGGCCAAGUAAAAAAAAAAACGUACACCUGAACAUCAAAUGAACUUAAGUAUAAAACAAGUAUUAAUAAAAUAAAUAAUUACUUUUAAGUAAAAUAUGACACAUAUAUUCAUAACAAUGCAUUAAUACAAUGUUUGUAUUUAAUACACAUUUAAACAACUUUGUUGCGAACACAAAAGGCACGUUAUAUUGAUAUUGACCCAUAUAUAUUGACAAUGGAAAACUGUAUGACAUGAGUUAUGAAGCAAUGCAUCUGCCCUAGGCUACUCUGUACAUUUCCUUUACCUGCACAGUAAACAAUGAUGGAACUUGUCAAAGUAUUUAAAUUAUUGUACAAUAAAAAAGCACUGACAUUUGUCAAUUACUACUGAA